UAUGAAUAUCAUAGUGGUUAUAAAUAUUAAUAUUAUUGCUGUACUGUUCUGAAUUAUAAUUCAUUAUAUGUUACUUUUCAUUAUAUGUUAUAUUUGUAGCAAUAGCCAACAAUACAUUGUAUGGGUCAAAAUUAUAAAUUUUUCUUUAAUGCCAAAAAUCAUUAGGAUAUUAAGAUCAUGUUCCAUGAAGAUAUUUAGUGAAUUUCCUACCGUAAAUAUAUCAAAACUUCAUUUUUGAUUAGUAAUAUGCAUUGCUAAGAACUUCAUUUGAACAACUUUAAAGGAGAUUUUCUCAAUAUUUAGAUUUUUUUUUGUAUUUUCCAAAUAUUGUCCAAACAUCUUUCAGAUAAUGUAUAAAUCUCAGUUUCUAAAAGACUGACCCUUAUGACUGGUUUUGUGCUCCAGGGUCACAUAUAAUUAUAAUUAUAGCAUGUAUGAAUAGAGUGAUCACUCAACAUCAAAGUGUUUUUUAUAGGUGAAGCACACAAUAAAGCUGAUCUGUGUUUGUGUUGUUGCUGUAGGCUCCUCUGUGUCUUUACCGCGGUAAACGCUCCGUCAGCACCAUGCCUCCUCAGCUGCAGUCUCAGAACCAGCCCAGCGCUCGCGUGCUGCAGGGAGAUCUGGCGUCUCUGAGCGCCUCGCUGCGAGAGUUCAUCGAGAACAGUGUGAAGCUGUGUCAGCCGGACGCUCUGCACAUCUGCGACGGCUCCGAGGAGGAGAACCGCUCCGUCCUGCGUCUCCUGGAGGAGCAGGGAGUCAUCAAGAGACUCCGCAAAUACAACAACUGCUGGUUGGCGCGCACAGACCCGCGGGACGUGGCUCGUGUGGAGAGUAAGACGGUGAUCGUGACGCCCGAGCAGCGAGAUACAGUUCCCUCUCCACGAGACGGCGGCGUCAGUCAGCUCGGACGCUGGAUGUCCCCGGAGGAAUGGGACAAAGCCAUGAACCUGCGCUUCCCGGGAUGCAUGAAAGGUCGAGUGAUGUACGUGAUCCCGUUCAGCAUGGGUCCCGUGGGCUCUCCGCUCUCUAAGAUCGGCGUGGAGCUGACCGACUCUCCCUAUGUAGUGGCCAGCAUGAGGAUCAUGACGCGUGUGGGUAAAGCUGUGCUGAGCGCGCUGGGAAGCGGAGAGUUUGUGCGCUGUCUGCACUCCGUCGGCUGCCCGCUGCCUCUCAAGAAGCCGCUGGUCAAUAACUGGCCGUGUAACCCGGAUCUCACGCUCAUCGCUCACAUCCCUGACCAGAGGACGAUCGUGUCGUUCGGCAGCGGAUACGGAGGAAACUCACUGCUGGGGAAGAAGUGCUUUGCUCUCCGCAUCGCGUCCCGCAUCGCUAAAGAGGAGGGCUGGCUGGCCGAACACAUGCUGAUCCUGGGCAUCACUAACCCGGCGGGACAGAAGAAGUACUUCGCGGCGGCGUUCCCGAGCGCCUGUGGAAAGACCAACCUGGCCAUGAUGAAGCCGUCGCUGCCGGGCUGGAAGGUGGAGUGUGUCGGAGACGACAUCGCCUGGAUGAAGUUUGACAAAGAAGGCAAUCUCAGAGCCAUCAACCCAGAGAACGGCUUCUUCGGUGUGGCUCCAGGAACCUCCACCAAGACCAACCCGAACGCAAUGGCCACCAUCCACCAGAACACCAUCUUCACCAACGUGGCCGAGACCAGCGACGGCGGUGUUUACUGGGAGGGCAUGGAUGAAGAUCUGCCGGCCGGUGAGACGCUGACCUCCUGGAAGAACCGGCCGUGGACGCCGGAGGACGGAGAACCCUGCGCUCAUCCAAACUCACGCUUCUGCACGCCGGCCGCUCAGUGCCCCAUCAUCGACCCGCAGUGGGAGUCUCCUGAAGGCGUCCCCAUCGAGGCGGUGAUCUUCGGGGGACGGCGUCCGCAGGGGGUCCCUCUGGUCUACGAGGCCCUCAGCUGGGCUCAUGGAGUGUUUGUGGGAGCCGCGAUGAGAUCCGAAGCCACGGCGGCCGCUGAACACAGAGGUAAAGUGAUCAUGCACGACCCGUUCGCCAUGCGUCCGUUCUUCGGCUAUAACUUCGGUCAGUAUCUGUCUCACUGGCUGAGUAUGGAGCAGCGGCCCGACGCCAAACUGCCCAAGAUCUUCCACGUCAACUGGUUCCGCAAGAGCUCUUCUGGAGGCUUUCUGUGGCCCGGAUACGGAGAGAACAUCCGUGUGCUGGAGUGGAUGUUUGGCAGGAUCGACGGCGAGGCCGGAGCGAUGUCCAGCGCGGUCGGGUUCGUUCCCUCGGCCGGCGCUCUGAACCUCCGCGGCCUGCCGGAGGACCUGGACCUCGCCGAACUCUUCCGCAUCUCAGCAGACUUCUGGAGGCAGGAGGUGGAGGACAUCAGAGCGUACUUCCAGCGAGAGGUGAACGAAGACCUGCCCAAAGAGAUGGAGACACAGCUGGAGCUGCUGGAGCAGAGAGUCGGACGGCUGUGAGAGCUCCAUCAGAUAUAUCACUGCAAAAAAUGAUAUUCUUACUUUGUGUUUUUGUCUUGUUUUCUAGUAUAAAUGUCUAAACCUUCCUAAAUCAAGAUGCAUUUACUAUCAACAUUUUUUGCUUAAAACAAGAAAAAACACCUGCCAGCGGAUGCAGAAAAAUCAUCUUAAUUCAAAAGCUAAACAAGAUUAUUUUUCUUGUCCCUCUGGCAGAAAUAUUUGCUUAAAGAGGAUAAAAACUAACAAAAUUUAGAUUUUUUUUUUCAGAAAAUAAGACAUAAUAUAUUAAGUCAUUUUACUAGUGAAGUAAAUUCAUCUUGAUUCAAGAAUUUUUAGAUGUUUAUACUAGGAAACAAGACAAAAAUAAAUUUUUUGCAGAGGUUUUGAGAUAUUUUUAGCCUGAUUUGAGUCGGACAGAAGAUCUGAUGAUAUCUAUGAUACUGAAGACGUAACGAAGGGAAUUAAAGGACUGUUUGUUAUUUAACCUUAUAAAUUAUUGAUGCAAAAUGUCCAUGUUCACAUUUAUAUUCAGCUGGAGACGUUAUAGCUAAUAACUUUAACCAUUUCAUUUUUCUAAAUUAUUUUUGUAUUUCUAUGAUGGCUUUUGAUGUCAGUCUUCCAAGAUAUUAAUAAAGUUAUUUAAACGUA